GACACCUGUAACCUUUAUCGUUGCUGCAGUGUAGCUAAACAUAUACAGUUAAAAGCACUUGACUGCAGCUUGGAUGAGUCACUUACGUGCUUAUGCCCAGCCUUGUUACAGUCAACCAAUAGAAUUUAGAGAUAUGAAAAAGGAUGUUCAUUCUGCUGUGCUGCUUGUUGAACCACAUGGUCACACACCAUCCCAGCACAAAGUGGUCAAACAGGCAGACACAGCGAUGGGGCUGCAACUCAUUCUUAUAUCUACAUGGGUAGCGGAAUUGUCAUGCCAGACAGGGCAGAAUGUUUCUUCCGAUUCUCCUACUUUUCACCCUGCAAACAUUUAUGCAAAACCAACCAAUGUAAGUGAAGGGCAGAAUGUGACUAUAAAAUGCAGCCUUCUCGGUGUAACAUCCUCCACUCCACACAAGGAUAUAAAUAUGUACCUUUGCAAAGAUGGAAUUGGAGUGUGUAUGGAACUACUGAGUAGCAAGAAAGAUGCUACAUUUAUCUUCCCUGAUGUUACACAACAAGAUUCGGGCAGCUACAGCUGUGUCUAUUCAGACAGAAAAGUCAACGCUGGUGAGGUGAGAGCAACAGGCGCAAAUACUGUAUUCAUCCAGGUCCAUCAGAUCCAGGUCCAUUCUCAGCCAGAGUCAGCUCCAUGGCCUUUAUUCAAGUUCAUUCUCUUCUUGAUUGCUGGUCUGUUAGCAUGGGUAUCGUCACUGGGCAUGUGCUACAUUUGCUGUAGAAUAUCACGUAGAAAGCGUCCCAAGGAAAGACCGCCAGUAAGAUCUCCUUCCAGUGAUGAUGUAUUUGGAGUGUACUGUGAAAUCGAAUGUGUUCCACCCAACACAGAACCAAAUUCUGAACUCAUUGACAGCAGUGCUCUUUAUUCUACGUCUUACAGAGAACAUCGUCAAGCACAAGCUGAACUGAAUGACGUAUAUGCUAAAGUCACAAAGAGUCACAGAUGAAGUCACUGAUGAAUUAUAAACUGGAUUGAAUUUUGCUGUUUUUACUGUGAAACGAGAUGGUCAAUUCUUGAAAUGUACUCUUGUGCAUA